AUCACUCACAUCAACAAUUGUCUCUUUCUCUACAACUUCACUCCCAAGAAACAACCUGCCUCUCUUUCAAUCUCGAUCACCACCACCACAGCAACAGCCAAAAUGCAAUUCCCUACCUUCGCCGUCCUCGCCAGCAUCAUGGUCGCUGGCGCCUCCGCCCAGGCCACCUACGAGACCGCAAACUACCUGUCCGUCUGCCAGCAGGGCAUCAACCUCUUCUGCUCCGGCAACACGGGCGUCUGCCAGAAGGGCAAGACGGAUACCUUUGACACCAGGGCUACCAAGGCCAACGAGGACUCCUGCAAAGGCCUCAAGCGUGGAGACAGCUGCACGCAGACUGUUGCUUGCGUCUAGACUACCUAGGCGGAAUUCAAUGUUCAGUCAUUUUUUGGAGCGUGAGGGAGGGAUAGAUGAUUUAAAGCAUGGUUGAUGGCGUUGUUGUUUUGUCGCAGCAUGUGUGCAGGGAGCUGCGAAUUGGGGCAACCAUUGCACCAAGAUCGCAGUCAAGAUAGGCCAACCUGAAUUGAACUUGGCAUCUUAUCACGAGGAUGACAUAGCCAAAAAAGACAUUUUUCUUCUCA